UCAUUAUUCAUUCCAGCUUUGAACAUCCGUUUCUUCCAUUUCUUACAACAUGGAAAACAGCAGCAACAAGCUCCCACUUCUCACCCCCGAAGAAACACCCCCGCAACUCCUCCGUCGCCCGUCGCACCACUCAUUCGAUUCCUCGUUCGUUGCUGAUGCGGAUGACAUCGCUCCUAUAACCGGUGUCCGAGAUUUUUACAGAGAAUUUAUCAUCGAAUCUCGAAAACUAUGGUACCUCGCAGGCCCUGCAAUUUUUACCAGUAUUUGUCAGUACUCCCUCGGCGCCAUCACGCAGACUUUUGCCGGCCAUGUUGGCACUCUGCAGCUCGCGGCCUUCUCAGUUGAGAAUUCUGUCAUUGCUGGCCUCUCUUUCGGUGUCAUGUUAGGGAUGGGCAGUGCACUGGAGACAUUAUGUGGACAAGCUUUUGGAGCAGGACAGAUUGAUAUGCUAGGAGUUUAUAUGCAGAGAUCAUGGGUUAUAUUGAACUGCACUGGUGUAAUCCUAAUGUUUGUAUACAUUUUUGCUGCUCAAUUUUUGAGAUUAAUUGGUCAAACCGAAGAUAUAUCCAGAGAAGCUGGAAAAUUGGCGAUUUGGAUGAUUCCACAGCUGUUUGCAUAUGCUAUGAAUUUUCCUAUAGCCAAGUUUUUGCAGUCGCAGAGUAAGAUUAUGGCCAUGGCCUGGAUAUCAGCCGCGGCUUUGGUUGUGCACACCGUUUUUAGCUGGUUGUUCAUGUUGAAGCUCGGGUGGGGACUAGCUGGUGGAGCCGUGGUCUUAAAUUUUUCGUGGUGGUUCAUAGUGUUGGCGCAGCUUGUGUACAUCUUUAGCGGAACAUGUGGAGAAGCCUGGUCCGGGUUUUCUUGGAAGGCAUUUCAGAAUUUGUGGGGUUUUGUCAGACUAUCCCUCGCAUCAGCUGUCAUGCUUUGCUUAGAGACAUGGUACUUCAUGGCAUUGGUACUCUUUGCUGGAUAUUUGAAGAAUGCUGAAAUAGCAGUAGAUGCACUCUCCAUCUGCACAAACAUCGUGGGCUGGGCGGUCAUGGUAGCUAUCGGAUGCAAUGCAGCUAUAAGUGUAAGGGUGUCAAAUGAGUUGGGCGCAGCACAUCCAAGAACAGCGAAAUUUUCAGUUGUGGUUGUUGUUCUAUCUUCGUUUGUGAUUGGACUCGUCCUAUCCCUAAUUCUCAUCAUCUUUCGGGAUCAAUACCCUUCUUUAUUCACCAAUAGUGAAGAAGUGAAGAGAGUAGUUUAUGGACUGACACCGUUGCUAGCUACAUGUCUUGUCAUUAACAAUAUUCAACCUGCUCUCUCUGGUGUGGCUAUUGGAGCUGGAUGGCAAGCUGUUGUUGCUUAUGUGAACAUUGUGUGCUAUUACGUAUUUGGAAUUCCUAUUGGCCUUAUUAUGGGUUACAAACUCGAUAUGGGGGUGAAGGGUAUUUGGAUAGGCAUGUUGUCUGGGACAGUGGUGCAAACACUUGUUCUGUUUUGGAUAGUAUACAGGACCAACUGGAACAAAGAGGCUUCUAUCGCUGAACAGAGAAUCAGGCAAUGGGGAGGAGAACCAGAACGAGCAAAGGGCUCAGAGAACUGAUUGUAAUACAUUGCCGAGAUUUUUUUUUUUUUUCUUUUUCUUCUUGUUCCCAGAAGUCCAGAACAAUCAUCCAACAUUUGAGUUCAGCAAUUAUGCCUCAUUGAAAUUGUGAAAAAAACAGUAGCUCAGCAUGAAAUUAAAAGGGCAAGGUCUAUUGAAGUUUUUUUUCCUGAA